AUGGAAACCAGUCACUGCUGUCAGGAGUCUAAGAAAACCAGUCACUGCUGUCAGGAGUCUCUGAAAACCAGUCACUGCUGUCAGGAGUCUAUAAAAACCAGCCACUGCUGUCAGGAGUCUCUGAAAACCAGUCACUGCUGUCAGGAGUUUAUGAAAGCCAGCCACUGCUGUCAGGAGUCUACGAAAACCAGCCACUGCUGUCAGGAGUUUAUGAAAACCAGCCACUGCUGUCAGGAGUUUAUGAAAACCAGCCACUGCUGUCAGGAGUCUAUGAAAACCAGUCACUACUGUCAGGAGUCUAAGAAAACCAGUCACUGCUGUCAGGAGUCUAUGAAAGCCAGCCACUGCUGUCAGGAGUCUCUGAAAACCAGUCACUGCUGUCAGGAGUUUAUGAAAACCAGUCACUGCUGUCAGGAGUUUAUGAAAGCCAGCCACUGCUGUCAGGAGUCUACGAAAACCAGCCACUGCUGUCAGGAGUUUAUGAAAACCAGCCACUGCUGUCAGGAGUUUAUGAAAACCAGCCACUGCUGUCAGGAGUCUAUGAAAACCAGUCACUGCUGUCAGGAGUCUAUGAAAACCAGUCACUACUGUCAGGAGUCUAAGAAAACCAGUCACUGCUGUCAGGAGUCUAAGAAAACCAGCCACUGCUGUCAGGAGUCUAUGAAAACCAGUCACUGCUGUCAGGAGUCUAAGAAAACCAGCCACUGCUGUCAGGAGUCUAUGAAAACCAGUCACUGCUGUCAGGAGUCUAAGAAAACCAGCCACUGCUGUCAGGAGUCUAUGAAAACCAGUCACUGCUGUCAGGAGUCUAAGAAAACCAGCCACUGCUGUCAGGAGUCUAUGAAAACCAGUCACUGCUGUCAGGAGUCUAAGAAAACCAGCCACUGCUGUCAGGAGUCUAUGAAAACCAGCCACUGCUGUCAGGAGUCUAAGAAAACCAGUCACUGCUGUCAGGAGUCUAUGAAAACCAGUCACUACUGUCAGGGGUCUAUGAAAACAAGCCACUGUUGUCAGGAGUCUAAGAAAACCAGUCACUGCUGUCAGGAGUCUAUGAAAACCAGUCACUGCUGUCAGGAGUUUAUGAAAACCAGCCACUGCUGUCAGGAGUCUAUGAAAACCAGUCACUACUGUCAGGAGUCUAAGAAAACCAGCCACUGCUGUCAGGAGUCUAUGAAAACCAGUCACUGCUGUCAGGAGUCUAAGAAAACCAGCCACUGCUCAAAGGAGCCAGACUUCAUCUCCCAGAGUGCUAGGGGAGACCAUGUGAUCGAUCACGUGCUAUCUGACUCCAUCAUAGGAGAAGACUCCAACCCCCAGGAUUCUCAGACUGAUUACGUGAAUCCCUUGGGUGAUCGCUUGACUCUGACUCCACCACACAACCUAUCCGAGAUCAGCCUCGCCUGA